GGACUUAUGAUGAGAUUUGACGGCGCCGAACUUGCCCAAUCAGACAAAGAAGGCCGGUGGUGCAUUCAGCUAAGAUCUUAUAUACAUCAUGAACGCAGGACAGUGAGGAAUCUCUAUCUGUAAGAUGAGUCGGUGUAGCAUUUUCCUUAUUUUACACGGGGACUUAUGAUGAGAUUUGACGGCGCCGAACUUGCCCAAUCAGACAAAGAAGGCCGGUGGUGCAUUCAGCUAAGAUCUUAUAUACAUCAUGAACGCAGGACAGUGAGGAAUCUCUAUCUGUAAGAUGAGUCGGUGUAGCAUUUUCCUUAUUUUACACGGGGACUUAUGAUGAGAUUUGACGGCGCCGAACUUGCCCAAUCAGACAAAGAAGGCCGGUGGUGCAUUCAGCUAAGAUCUUAUAUACAUCAUGAACGCAGGACAGUGAGGAAUCUCUAUCUGUAAGAUGAGUCGGUGUAGCAUUUUCCUUAUUUUACACGGGGACUUAUGAUGAGAUUUGACGGCGCCGAACUUGCCCAAUCAGACAAAGAAGGCCGGUGGUGCAUUCAGCUAAGAUCUUAUAUACAUCAUGAACGCAGGACAGUGAGGAAUCUCUAUCUGUAAGAUGAGUCGGUGUAGCAUUUUCCUUAUUUUACACGGGGACUUAUGAUGAGAUUUGACGGCGCCGAACUUGCCCAAUCAGACAAAGAAGGCCGGUGGUGCAUUCAGCUAAUUAAGAUCUUAUAUACAUUAUGAACGCAGGACAGUGAGGAAUCUCUAUCUGUAAGAUGAGUCGAUGACCAGUGCUUUAUUUUAUAUAUAUAUAUAUAUAUGCAUUGUCAUGACUCAUGACCGAAGCCGAAUCCGAACGAGAACCCCAUCAUGUCUCCCGCCGUCUUCACCAUUAAUCUGUUUCUCCUCCUCGGAGCCUUCUGGUCCUUCCUCCAAAUCCGGGCCAUCUCUCGCCGAAAAUCCCUCGGACGAUCACCACCGGGUCCCCCGGCUUUACCCAUAAUCGGAAACCUCCACAAGCUGGGCAGGCUCCCCCACCGUAGCCUCCAUGCUCUGGCCCGGAAAUACGGCCCCAUCAUGUCCAUCAAAUUGGGCUCGGUCCCCGUCGUUGUCGUCUCCUCCCCGCCGGCCGCAGAGCUAUUCCUCCGGACCCACGACAACGUUUUUGCCAGCAGGCCCAAGACCCAGGCCGCCGAGUACCUGUACUACGGCACCAAGGGCAUGGGGUUCACGGAAUACGGGCCGUACUGGCGCAGCGUCAGGAAGCUGUGCACGUCGGAGCUGCUGAGCGUGGCGAAGGUGGAGUCUUAUGCGGGGAUGAGGAGAGAGGAGGUGGGGGCGAUGUUGCGGUCGCUGAAGGCGGCGGCGGCAGCAGGGGAGGCGGUGGAUGUGGACCGGAAGGUGGAGGAGCUGGUGGAGGACAUGACUUGCAGGAUGGUGUUUGGGCGGAAGUGUGACGAGAGGUUUGAUUUGAAGGGCGUCAUUCGGGAGGAUAUCGCCUUGGCCGGAGCUUUCAACGUCGCGGACUUUGUGCCGCUGCUUGCGCCGCUCGAUCUCCAGGGGUUGACUCGACGCGUGAAGAAAGCCAGCAAGGUCAAUGACGAGAUCUUGGAGAGGAUAAUGGAUGAGCACAAGCAAGAUGCUAUUGCAAACCAAAGGCAACAUAGAGCCCUGAUCGAUGUACUACUAUCGCUCGCCAAAAAAUCCUCCACCAACCCUGACGAGUGCUCAUUGUCCAUCGAUCGAACGAAUGCCAAAGCGAUUGUCCUGGACAUUAUCCUUGGAUCAUUCGACACAUCUUCCACCGCAAUUUCCUGGAUCAUGUCGGAGCUCCUGAGACAUCCAAGAGUGAUGAAGAAGCUCCAAAAAGAACUAGAUCGUGUCGUAGGGCAAGAUCGAGUGGUGGAAGAGACAGAUUUGACAAAUCUAAAAUACCUAGAAAUGGUGAUCAAGGAAAGCCUCAGGCUUCAUCCGGUUGCUCCGUUGCUGGUUCCUAGAGAAUCCAUGGAGGACAUUGACAUUAUGCUUGGCGAGGAUUGCUAUUUCAUUCCGAAAAAAUCACGAAUCAUCGUGAACAGUUGGGCGUUAGGGAGAGAUCCGGAGGCGUGGUUGGAGAACAUAGAGGAGUUCUUGCCGGAAAGAUUUAUCGACCGUGAGGUGAACCUUCGAGGGCACCAUUUUGAACUGUUGCCAUUUGGAUCGGGUCGUCGAAUCUGUCCCGGAAUGCGCUCGGGGCUAAUGACCAUUCAGCUGGUGGUGGCUCAACUGGUGCAUUGCUUUGAUUGGGCACUUCCUGACGGAAUCCUGCCAGAGAAGUUGGAUAUGAGCGAGAAGUUUGGCUUGUCAUUGCCAAGAGCCGAACAUUUGGUUGCAAUUCCAUCAUAUCGCUUGAGUAAUUGAUGUAGAUUUUUUAGCUAUAAAAUGCAUGCACCUAUGUAUCCAUGCUAGCAGAAUAAUUUGAUGUAGAUUUUUUAGUAUCUUUUUAAGUUAUGUUAUCAAUCUAUAGCACAAUAAUAAAAUAUUAUUCAAAUA